CUCUACGCCCGCAGGCCUACAUGCAGGAAAGUGCGGGGGAUGUGUUUGGGGUUGACCCCUGGAGACCCGGACCUGCUGGUCUUCCUUAAAAUCACAUCAGGGAUUUGGCUCCAGCCCAAGGGGAUUGCUCCGAGCUGGCUUUUAGGAACCGAGCCUGGUUUUGUACAUCAGGAAGAAGAAGAGGAAAAUCUUAAGGCCCUAAGCAUGGUUGUGUGCUAUGGCUCAGCUAGUCAGCAGGCAAGGCCUGGAGGGCUGCUGGGAGGGGAAGGGCCUGCCCUGUCCCCAGCAGCCUUUGCCCCCAUCCCCAGGCUGGAGAAGCUACGCCACCAGCUCAUGCCCAUGUACAACUUCGACCCCAUGGAGGAACAAGAUGAGUUGGAGCAGGAGCUGCUGGAACAUGGGCGGGACGCCGCCUCUGUGCAGGCUGCCACUUCUGUGCAGGCCAUGCAGGGCAAGACUACUCUGCCCUCCCAGGGCCCACUGCAGAGGCCCAGCCGGCUGGUGUUUACCGAUGUGGCCAAUGCCAUCCAUGCGUGAGUGGCCUGGGACAAGCCUGAACUUCUGAUAGAGACCCGCCAUGGUGCCCACAGAGCUCCCCACUCCCUGAUUGUCAAGACCUACUCUGAGGACCUGCCCUGCCAAGACACGAGAGGGCCCUGCCAGGCCCCAGCUGUUCUCCAGACCCACCUGCUGACUCUAGGCUCUAAGAGAGGGCCCUGGCUGGGCUGGACUUCUGACCACUGACUUCUCCUGACCUGAGGGCCCUGGCACAAAGGGCAUCCCUCAUGCUGAGAAGGUCAAGAGCCUCUGCUGGCUUCCUCAUCCCCUGUCCAGAUCGCUCACAUUAGGGUCUGCCCUGCUAACGUGGAGGAAAUCGGGGGAGAUACGGAGUGGGAGGGAUUGGGGGAGGAAAGGGGAGGUUUCCCUCUGUUAGGGAAAGACCUGGUUUUUGGAAUCUGGAGCCUCCUCUGGGGUGGGUAGAGGAAACCACCCAAGUUAUAGGGACAGGGUAGGGCAGCACCUGUUAUGGGCCCUGAGAAGCCCAGAGAUGGAGCUGAAACUGCCCAGUAUGCAAGGACGCCAGGAGAAGGACAGUUUAUACCCAGGGUCCAUCCAUACUACAGAGGGUCCAGGAGGUCUCCCAGCCACCCAUCCUUGGCAACCAGAUGUUACUGGGGCCAAGCUAGGAUGGGAGCUGAGGGGGAAGGAAGUAGGGGAACAGAAGUGGAAGGAUGCAGCCCCCCAGACCUGCCGAGAGGCCUCAUGCAUGUGCAUGAGUGUGCCCAUGGGCAGACGUGCCUGUCCCAGCACAGAGGGCAGGAUGAGAUUGUCCACAUUGGCCCCACCCUCCAAGUCGACCUGUACCCCAUGGUAUGUAGCGGAGCAUCAGGGUAGGCUAUCUUCUCUGCCUUCAGUCUUCAGGGACUGCCGGGAAGAGGGAAGCAUGCACGGCAGGGUUUCUCUCUCCACCGCAUUGCUUCACUGGGCUCACCUGCUUCUGAAAACGGCUCCGUGUCUUGGGCUCUACUGAGGAUCUGGGGUUGGGAGAGGCUGUUGGUCGGAAGGCAGUAAUCACAGGCUGCAGGCUAGAGGGGGCAGUUAUGACUGCCUGAAAUUGAGUGAGGGAUUGCACCUCAGAAAAAGAUCUAAAAAACCUAGUCUAUGAAUUUCCCACCUCCAUCCCAUCUAUGGGAAGAGCCAUUCAGUGUUUAGAGAGUGGGGAGAUGGGUCCCUGCACUUGGCCUCUCCAUAAGCCUUGGAGGGUCAGGGCUGAUGUCAGGGGUCCUGGCAAGGCAUUGGGCAGAGACAGACCCCAAGAGCGGAGCAUCUUUUUACGCUGGACAUACGUAUACACACAAGCGUGCACAGAGGCAUGUCCCGUGCCCAGCCUCUCCACCAUCACUGUCCGCCGCUGGUUGGAGGGGCUGCAGGGGUAGUGUGUGCAGACCUUCCAUUGGGCAAAUGCCACGUGUCAGGAGGGAAGGGCCUAGGAAGCCCCCAUGAAGAAGGUUCUGGAUUUAUUCCCUCCUCUAAAUGCUAUAAAUAUGUUAGCACUUGAGCCGACUGGAGGCUGCCAGGAAUUCAGGAUGCAUACAGCUGUAAUUUAACCCAGAGCAGCUCCAUGUGAGAGCAUUAAAGAUGUAAUGAAGAUGUUUACAUGGAGGGAGUGUGAGCCUGUGACACUUGGGGUGUGGAACCCCAGGAGGGGCAGGAUGGGUGAGGGGCUGUCGGGGGCCUGGGGAUAGUUGCUUGGAUCACAGCUAUGAGGUGGCAGCCCAGGUUUCUCUUGAGCCAUCUGAGGAAAUGCCUCUGGCCCUGACUUCAAAGUUGCCCUGGGGCUUGGGGUGCCAAGGCCUGCCACCCCCUAGGGUGGAAAGGUCAACUGGACAGGACCUUGUGGGACUAGGGGAGGAAGGAGGCUUGAGCCCCAAGGGCCCCGGGGGAGGUAUGGCGCCUCAGGACCCAUAGGAGCUGAGUCUGAAACACGAAAGGAAGCAAAACAGUGUCGCUUUUUCUGGGGCACGAGGGUACAGGGGAAGGGUGAGGGGUGGGAAGCCAUUAGGGUCAUCUGUGUGGAACCCACCUGCAGGGUUCAGAAGGGUUUGGGGGAGAAUGACACUAGGGUGACCAGCCAUCCUGCUUUACCCAGGACUAUUCCAGUUUUAGCCCUGAAAGUCCCACAGACCAGAACUCUAAGUGACAUCCAGGCCCUCCCCAGAGAACUGAGCCUGCAGGCCAGCGUCAUGAAAAUAAGGGGCAGGUGAGCCCCCCCACCCCCCCAGUUCCACGAUGGAGGGCUGAGCUAGAGGAAGGGGCUGGCAGACAGGGCCUUAGGUGAGGGGAGGGCCACGUGCCCACGGACCAACCACACUGGGGUCACAGCUCAGCCUGUCAGCGAUGGCCUUGAUCUUUGGAAGAGGUCUCCUUCCCUCAACAGAUUGGCAGGAUUCUGGAGGGGCAUGGAGUGAGAGGAGAGGUGGUGGUGGGCUGUGUCCUCCCUUCCUGUUGGGUGGCCCUUCAGCCCAGGGAUGUGGGAGCUGCAGAAGACCCAGCGUCUGGGGGAUCCUGAAGAAACGGGGCCUGUGGAGUAAGGCUGGCUUCCAGGGACCAGGACCUGGACAGUGGCUCCAGGAGGACCCCAGUGCCCAUCCGCUCCUGCUGCCUGCCCCAUGCCCCUCUCCUGCAGGGCGGGCUUGGCUAGACGAUGUGCACACGGCAGCAGACUCUGGGUGCCAGGGCCCCUGUUCACACCUCUUGUGCCCUCACAGGCACCUUCUCCCCCAUCCACCCACCUUCUCCUCUCUAUCUCUUAUUCCCAGUCCUUCAGGAAAACCAAGUUCCCAGGUCUUCCAGAGUGUGGGGUCAAUAAAUAUUGGGAUGAAAUGUU